UAACUUACAUUUCCACGAAGCAAUCGCAUUGCUCUCUAAGCUUAUCUCCACACUUACUUCAAAUUUCUUCUGCUGAUCUCUUUAAGGAUAAUCGAUAAUAAUGGCAGGGCCAUCACGUAAGACAUGGGGCUUUGAACUAUCAGUAGUGAUUCUUGGACUACUUGCACUGACACAGCAGUCCAUGCAACAGAGUUCCAAGCACCCCAUGCAUGAGCUUAUCCAGAGAAUCCACAAUCAAGGCCCUUUCUUUGGUCUUGUUUUGGGUUCCGACGCCGACGAGAGGGCUCUCCUAGCCAAUAAUGCCUUUAAAAAUAUCGGAGAAAUUAUUGAAUUGGCUGGAAGAAAAUUCAACGCUGGCACAAUCAACGGAAGUAGUGUGAUAUAUGUGAAGGCAGGGGAUGGACCAUCAAUAAAUGCAGCAAUAACAGCGCAACUCCUAGUUAUUUUUUUUGCCCCCAAAGGAAUUAUUCACAUCGGCCGCGCCGGAACCGUUAAUGAUUCCCUGUCCAUCGGGGAUGUUGUUGUGCCUAAAGAAGUUGGCUUCCUUGGGAAUUGGAAGUGGCUGAGGGGAAAGCGUGGGCAGCUGGUAUUCGGAGAAUACAAUACACCAGCUCCAGGAGGCAACUUGUUGGGGAGCAUAAGCUUCCAACCAACCACACUGUACGCAACAGGAAAAAAUAAGACCACCAUCUUCUGGCUUCCCCUCACCUCAGAUUGGCUCGAAGCAGCCUCUCAACUUGAGAACCUUGAGCUGGAGCAAUGUAUCAGCAAGGACAAGUGCCUACCCAAAGCACCAGUUAUCUUGAACGGUUUGAGGGCCUCAAGUUCUGAUAUAUACAUUCAAAAUAAAGCUUAUAGAGAAUUCAUCUAUAAACAAUUCAAGGCCUCAACAGUGGAUACACAGAGCGCAGCUGAAAUAUUGGUGGCUUUGUCAUCCGAUGUGCCUAUUAUCGUCUUCACGGGUAUCUCCAACACCGCAGGUGGAUCAUCCUCGCAUACAAGCUUCAGCGAUUUGGCGUCUGUCAAUGCUGUGAAAGCUGCUGUGGCGUUCAUUGCUGCAGUUGGUAACUCUAACUCAUCCCUAGAAGUAGCAGAUAACUAAGCAACGGCCUGUUAGUGCUUGAUCAGUGGUACUGGAGUAAUAGUUAUAAUAAAUUAAUAAGUGUACGCUGAUGAUCACUGCUAUGCAGCGCCAUCUUUAAUAAAAACCAGUUAUCGUAUUUCUUCUUU